AUGUCUAGCAAAGCGACUUUAGCCUUACUCAUCUAUGGAAUCAUGAUGCAUUACAGCGUCAACUGCUCACCUGUGGGGCUUAGCUUUCCCAGCGUUAGACUUGACAGUGAGGUUUACGAUGAGGGCGGAAACUCCUUACAGUCCCUGGAUUACGACAGAGACCAAGCGGAUCAUGUGAGGAGCCCCCAGUCCGUGGCGGACGACGUCUACUCUUUGUAUUACCCCCCGGAGAAAAGAACGGAAAGGCAUGCAGACGGCAUGUUUAAUAAAGCCUACAGGAAAGCGCUGGGUCAGUUAUCAGCAAGGAAAUAUCUGCAUUCUCUGAUGGCAAAACGUGUAGGCGGGGGGAAAACCCUGGAGGACAGCUCAGAGCCUCUGUCCAAGCGACACUCAGACGGGAUCUUCACAGACAGCUACAGCCGCUACCGAAAGCAAAUGGCAGUCAAGAAAUACCUGGCGGCAGUCCUUGGGAAAAGCCUUGAAGACAUAGGUUUUCUCCAAAUCCUACAAGACAUAGACUUUGAUGCCCUCCCGGACGGGGAUGAGUUUGAGGCUUAUAUGGGAGACUGGCUGAAACAGUUUUCUCCCGAAUUUCCGGCUUUGUGACGCAGGAUGCAGUUUGCGGCUGUGGUGUCUUGCAUCGACUUUAAAAUCGCCAUUGAAUCACAGAUGGCUAUUUAGUGGCCCUACAAUGCUGCACAUCAUCAGCUU